GACGUGUGAAGGGAAUCUAUCUAAUUGGGAUGAAUGUAAGACGCAAAUUAGUAAAUUCCCGAACGCACGAUAUAAAACAUUUUACGAUAUGAAACAAGCUCAAAGUUUUAUAGAAGGAAAGGAAGAAUGUGCCGUUGAAAUUGAUACAAACAAACUUCGAGUGUGGACCGAUGGAUGUUCGUACGAAAACGGAUCGCCUAACGUUAGAGCAGGUAUCGGAGUAUUCUGGGGUAAAGGAG